AGUCCGUCGCCUAAAAAACUACAAUUCCCAGAAUUGUCGCAGCGUCCGCCAUCUUGCUUAAGGCGGUCCUCCGACGGCACAGAGACCUACCACGUUUUGUGUACUGCUCUCUCAUGUACGCUGAACUAGUAGCGAAGCGUGAAGUAUAAUUUACAAACCCACCGGUGUUUUACAUUCCAGCAGCCGGACGUGAUUGAAACCAUGGGCGAACAGAUGCGUGCGCUGUGCGAGGAGCUUAUAAAAGCUGUGAAUGUGAUGAUGGAGGCAGAAUCCAGCCAAACAUACCGACUGGAGGCCUUUAAGUUUAUUGAAGAUUUCAAGGAGAAAAGUCCCUUCUGCGUUGAAUGUGGUCUUCAGCUAGCAGAGAAGUCCCAGACUGCAGUGAUAAGACACUUUGGACUGCAAAUACUGGAGCAUGUGGUCAAGUUUCGCUGGAAUAACAUGGCACCGCAAGACAAGCUCCAGCUGAAGAACUGCACCAUGGGCAUGUUGUCAAAUGGUACACAUCCGAUUCUCCAAGAGGAAUGUCAUGUUAAGGACGCCCUCUCCCGCAUCGUGGUGGAGAUGAUCAAGAGAGAGUGGCCGCAGCAGUGGCCCGAUAUGCUGAAGGAGAUGGAGGCCCUCACCGCUCUCGGGGAUGCUCAGACCGAGCUUGUAAUGCUGGUUCUGCUGCGGUUGGCCGAGGAUGUGAUCACGUUUCAGACGUUGCCCUCUCAGAGACGGCGGGACAUCCAGCAGACGCUCACACAGAAUAUGGACAGCGUCUUCACUUUCCUGCUGGGGAUACUGCAGCUUCACGUCAACGAGUACAGCAAGAUGAAAUGUGUUGCUGGUCUGGAUUUAAAGAUGAAAGCUCACUUGCGUGUUGGUGUGGCUACUCUCAACACUCUAGCAGGCUACAUUGACUGGGUUUCUCUGAGCCACAUCACCAGUCAAAACUGCCGUCUUCUGGAGAUCUUGUGCCUGUUGUUGAGUGAACCUGAGCUGCAGCUGGAGGCCGCAGAGUGUCUGCUAAUUGCGAUUAGUAGGAAAGGCAAGUUAGAGGAGAGGAAACCAUUUAUGGUGCUCUUUGAUGAAGCUGCAAUGAACUACAUCUUGUCUGCAGCACAGUCAGCAGAUGGUGCAGCUCUGUGCAACCAAUCCUCAGGUGGCAUCGAUGAAAGGAGAUACACUUUUCUGAAGAGGCUCUGUCAGGUUCUCUGUGCUCUGGGCAGUCAAGUCUGCUCUCUAGUGGGUUCAGAUGUGGAAGUGCAAGUUCCUGUUAACUUGAAUAAAUAUUUGGAAGCUCUUCUAGCGUUCACUACUCAUCCCAGCCAGUUUCUGAGGUCGUCAACGCAGAUGACCUGGGGAAUCAUAUUCCGACAUGAAAUACUGUCAAAGGAUCCAGUAGUUGGCCAAAUGGCCAUCAAAUAUUUAAGAGCGACGAGGAUCAAUCUUGUAAAAACUGGAUUUCCCUCCAAGAAUGAUUGUCCAGGCUGUGAAUUCUCCAGAGUGGACUUUGACAGCGAUGAAGAUUUCAACUCCUCCUUUAAUUCUUCCAGGGCUCAGCAGGGGGAAGCGGUUCGCCUCACUUGUAGAAUCGUCCCUUUUAAAGCCUUUCAAAUUGCAAGGGACUGGAUGCAGUAUCAGAUCAGCACACCUAUAGAUGCUGGAAAAACAACAGCCAAGACAGAGAAGGGUCUCUGCUCUCCUCUGUCCCCUUCGGUGGUUCAGUGGGAAGCCAUGACCACCUUCACUGAAAAUGUGUUUGGGCAGCUCUUCAAAAUCCUCGAAAAAGAGAAACUCCCCAUAGACGAGGGCAUGGCGCUGCUGCAGAUAGCGGUGAAUUUCGAGACCAGAGAUCCUCUCAUUCUGUCCUGUGUGCUCACCAUCGUCUCCACACUCUUCCCCAUUCUCACACACCGGCCUCACUUCCUACCUCAAGUACUCUUUAAGAUAUUUUCUGCAAUCACGUUUGAGUUGGUUGAUGAACGCAAGGCUCCUCGAACGCGAGCGGUGAAGAACGUCAGAAGACACGCCUGCUCCUCCAUCAUCAGGAUCUGUCGCGAUUAUUCAGACUUCAUGCUGCCGUGCUUCGACCUGAUGUAUGAGCACGUGAAGAGGCUGUUCUCCGAUGAGCUGCUGCUGACUCAGCUGGAGAAAUGUGCCCUCAUGGAGGCCCUGAUACUGAUCAGCAAUCAGUUUAAAGACUAUAAGAAGCAGAAAGCCUUCCUGGAAGAGCUGAUGGCCCCGGUCACUGCACUGUGGCUAUCGGAGGAGAUGAGGAGCGUGUUGUGGGACCCUGCUACUUUUUUGACGUUUGUUGGUGCUGAUCAGGAGAUCAGUGAUUCUGACACUGACGAACAGAUGGGCAUCAACAGGUCACGGAUUAGUCUUUGUGUGCACACCAUUCUCGGUGUGGUGAAGCGAGCUCGCUGGCCUGCUGAUGCUGACCAGGCCAAAGCUGGAGGUUUUGUGGUGCGCACUGCCUCUGAUGGGACCCCAGUCUACAGAAACCCCUGUGCAGAGGCCCUGCAGGCCCUGCUGCCCAACCUUCUGGCACUCAUCAGGACCAACAACAGCUUGUUCUUGCCGGAGAACAUCACCCGGCUCAGCAAGACCUUUGCUAGAGUCUAUGACAUUACGGACAUGGAGAAGAAUUGUGUUUUAGGAAUCUCUCAGGUAGUGUUAGACUCCUAUGAGGCGGCGGUGUACAAAAACUUUGCUGAGCGCAUGCAAGGCUUCUUCUCCUCACUCUUCGAAAACUGUUACCAUGUUCUGGGUAAUGUGGGUCCCUGCUUGCAGCAAGACUUUUAUGGUAUCGAGGGUUUGGCAGAGCAGAUUGUUGGAUCCGCCUUCAACCAUCUAGACAGCGUUCCAGACCACAGGCUCCGCCCCCUAAUCCAGACUGAACUUUCGGUGGCAGAUCAUCAACCAACGGGCCAGUCUGAGUGCUCAGGAAGAAGAGGAGGCCUAUGAGGAGAACCAUGUGACCCAGGAGAUGGUGGAGGAGCAGCUGCUGCGGCUGGUCACGCGAGAGGUCAUGGACCUUCUGAGUGUGACUUGCAUUACAAGGAAAUGUCCAGAGGUAAAUGCAAACAAAGAGGAAGCAGAUGGAGAUGAGGAGAUGGUGUCGAUGGACUCCUCACAGGGGAAUCAGGUCAACACACCUUCAGACGAGCUCUCAGAUCUGGGCAAGUGCCUUCUCCAAAGCGAGGAUAUUUACAUGACUGUCCUGACUAUAUGUUUUAACUGUCUGUCCUGGAAAGACACUGUAAACUGUCAACGCACUGCUGGUGUGCUCUGCUGGACGCUGCUGAAACAGGUUCAGGGUGGGAAUCUGCUCCCGGAGGCCGUGACGUGGCUCUUCGCCAGCGUCCUGAAGGGUCUGCAGAUGCACGGACAACAUGAAGGCUGUAAUGUGGCGCUCACUCAACUGGCCUUGCUCAUCUACGAGUCUCUAAGACCUCGAUACGCAGAGCUGCGCUUGAUCAUGAAUCAGAUCCCUGAUGUCCAGGCUGACGCGCUGGAGCAGUUUGACCAGAAGAUCCAGCCCGGAGCGUCAAAGCUGGGAGAGAAGAAGAAGAAAGAGCAGUUUAGGAGACUCAUCGCAGGAACUGUCGGGAAACCCCUCGCACAGCAGUUCAAGAAGGAAGUGCACAUCCGAAACCUUCCGUCUCUGUUCAAGAAGCCCAAACCCACGAAAGACUUGCUGGAGAACAACGAGGACGCUACUCUGAUCUCUCUGUUCACUCCAGACCAUGACAGAUGUUGAGUAAAGCUCUGCUUCAACUCAGU